ACGCGAAUAAAUAUUUUGAAAAUUUCCAGAAUAAGGAAUGGCUGAUAUCGAAGCCAAAAUGGAAACUCAAAAUUCUGCCGGUGAAAAUCCUGCCGGUGGGGAGGGGAGUGAACCACCCAAGACCGAGGCUCAGUUGAAGAAAGAGGCUAAAAAGAGAGAAAAGCUGGAGAAAUUUAAAGCUAAGCAAGAAAAGGAAAAACUUUUGAAGGAAAAAAAAGCGGCAGAUGGGGGAGAGAAGAAAAAGGAGAAGAAAGAGAAGAAGGAAAGGGUAGCUGCAGUUUAUGACAAACCAACCAAGGAAGGAGAGAAAAAAGAUGUAUCUGGAGACAUGCCUGAUGCCUAUAGUCCUCAGUAUGUGGAAGCUGCCUGGUACUCCUGGUGGGAGAAAAGUGGAUUCUUCAAGCCUGAAUAUGGAAGAACUAAAGCGAAUGAAGAGAACCCAAAGGGGAAGUUUAUGCUUGUUAUCCCGCCACCCAAUGUAACAGCCUCACUACAUCUGGGUCAUGCACUGACUAAUUCUGUACAAGAUGCAAUCACUAGGUGGCAUCGUAUGCGUGGUGAGACUACUCUAUGGAACCCUGGCUGUGACCACGCUGGUAUUGCAACACAGGUUGUCGUAGAGAAGAAACUCUGGCGGGAACA